UCAAGAUGACACUCCUAAGUCAAUUCCAUACUCGAGAUUUUAAGUUUUUUUAUUUAUUUCGUGGCUUCAUUUUGUUGCUCGCAUUUGCAUCAGAUACGAAUCUUGGAUGAUUUAUUUAUUCUCUACUUGGGGUUUGUCUUUGUCUCCAUAAAUUUGUAGCUUGCCUCGUCCAUCACUGUGUAAAUUUCCUUGCUUUCUAAUGGAGGUUUUGAGCUGCUCUUUCUUUCUUGUUUUGGUGCUUCUUCAAGUUGUCUCUGCACAGCCUGCAACUGAUAGUAAUGAAGUGGCUGCAUUAGACAAGAUGAUAGAUUACUGGAAUUUGAGAAGCAAAUUGAAUAUUACUAAUGAUCCUUGUAUCCAGAAUGCAACAUGGGCUAAUGAAAAUGCCAAUCCUAGAGUUGCUUGCGACUGCACAGGCAGCAUAUGCCACAUCACUCACUUAAAGAUAUAUGCUUUGGACAUUGUUGGUGAGAUACCUAGUGAACUGUUUGUGCUUCAGAAGCUAAUGGAUUUGAAUCUGGGUCAAAAUGUAUUAAACGGGUCUAUUCCGCCUGAGAUUGGGCAGUUAUCGAAUAUGCAAUACCUUAGCCUAGGUAUCAACAAUCUGACAGGUCAAGUGCCUCCAGAGCUUGGAAAUCUUACCAAGUUGCUUUCUCUAAGUUUUAGCUCUAACAAUUUCUUUGGACCAUUACCUACAGAACUUGGGAACUUGACCUCCUUACAACAGUUGUAUAUUGAUAGCAGUGGAGUAAGUGGUUCGAUUCCACAAGAAGUUAAACAACUGAAAUCCCUGCAGAUUCUCUGGGCAUCUGAUAAUCGCUUCACUGGAAAGCUUCCAGAAUUUUUUGGGGCUCUUACAGCACUCAAAGUCCUGCGACUUCAAGGUACAUUGCUUGAAGGUCCAAUACCAAGCAGUUUCAGUGCUCUUAACAAUCUGGAAGACCUGAGAAUUGGUGAUCUUAAUGGUGAAGAUUCUUCUCUCGAGUUUUUGAAAGACCAAAGAAAUCUAUCUGUACUGAUUUUAAGGAACUGUCUAAUUUCUGGAGAAAUUCCAGAAAGACUUGGCACAUUUACUAAGCUGAAGCAACUGGACUUGAGUUUCAACAAGUUGACAGGUCAAAUCCCAACCUCAUUCCAAGAUUUGGCUUCCUUGCAAUUUCUGUAUCUCGAAAGCAACACCUUGAGUGGGGAGCUACCUGCAAAUAUCAUUGGUCCACAGCUAAUUGCACUAGAUGUCUCAUUCAAUCCCCUUUCUGGAAACUUACCGCAAAACUUUGCCAAAGCUGGAUCAUCCAUGCUUGUUGUUGGAACUUCUAUUAACGCGAAUGGUUUACAGGAGAGCAAGGUUUCUGGGAUGUUGCGCUGCCUUCAAGCUGACUUAAAAUGCAGCAAUAAAGUUCCAUCCUAUUCAUUUUCUAUCAAGUGUGGAGGCACAAGCCAAACAUCUGCAUCUGGUGUUGAAUAUGAUGAUGAUUCUGAACUACUUGGAGCUGCCUCACUACAUACAAGCUCCGACAGUAUGUGGGCUGUGAGCAAUGUUGGGAAUUUCAUCUCGAACCCUGCACCGACGUACAUAAAGCAGACAGAUUCUCAAAUCGCAGAGACAUUAGAGUCUGAGCUGUAUAAGACAGCAAGGAUUUCGGCAAGCUCGCUCAGAUACUAUGGUCUUGGAUUAAAGAACGGGAGAUACAGCAUUGAGCUUCACUUUGCAGAGAUCGGAAUGGAUGAUGUCUCUCAGUCUUGGAAAGGCCUUGGAAGGCGCAUAUUUGAUGUUUACAUUCAGGGAGGGAGAGUUCUUCAGGACUUCAAUCUUCAAAACGAAGCAGGCGGAUCCAAAAGAGCAUUGGUUAAAACCUUUGAGGCAAAUGUGACAAACAGUAUUAUGGAUAUUCACUUCUUUUGGGCUGGGAAAGGAACAUGCUGCAUACCACAACAAAGCACAUAUGGACCUUUAGUCUCAGCCAUUCAUGUUUCUCAAGUUUCUGAUAGUACAGACUCUUCCAACCGUGACAAGAAGCAUGUAGGAAAACUCGUAGGAAUAGCAGUAGGUUGUGCAACUGGACUAGUAAUCAUCUCUUCUGUAUUUUAUAUAUGGUGGACAAAAGAUUCAACCAGACACCUCCAAAUACAAAGAGACCCACUUAAGAAAUACUAAAAUCAAGUUAGCCUUCAAACAGGAAAGGCUAUUGUGUGCCAAUGAAGAUUUAGUUUUCAGUUUCACUUGUGUGGAUGUUAUUUUAGAUGCAAAAGUUCGUUCACAUGAUAUACUUUUGCGGUCGUUGUAUGGACAAACAAAUAUGGUCCAAGUGACCCCUUGCUUAAGCUGUUUUUUAGCUUAUUGAAUUUAUGUAGUUGUUGUGUCUGGGUAA